AUAACAUGCUGUUUGCAGCUUGAGUUGCAUUAGACUGUUUUACAGCAUUAAUUAUCGUUAAUAUUAUUGUUUUCCAGAUAUGACGUCAAUAAAGACACAUGGCGGGAAAUAUUAAAGAUAAAGAAGCAUUUCAACGCUUAAACUUCCUCUAUCAAGCGGCUCGUUGUGUUUUGGCCCAAAAUUCAGAAAAUAUUGAACUGGCAAGAUUUUACUGCUUCACUCAAAAGACCAUCUCCAAACGACUGGUGCUCCGACAAGAUCCUUCAGUGAAAAGAACCAUUUGCAAGAAAUGUUGCACUUUAUUGGUACCAGGUGUCACAUCAACUGUUCGACAAAAAAGGGGACCUAGACGACAGCGUAGGACCAUUGUGCGAUGUUUAAGUUGUGGUCUGACCAAACGUUUCCCAAACAACCCAAAGCAUAAACUGUGGGUGAACCAACCAGAGGCUCAACUAGAAAACCAGACUCUUCCAGAUGCUGGUCAUUCAUCUAAAUACACAAUCCAAGAGAAGAAAUCAGAUUUUUCUAGUGGUCCAGCUCCCACAUCACAGAAGAUCAGAAAAAUCAGGCUUGUGAAAACUGAGGCCAUUGGUUGCGGUUCCUCUUUGAUGCCAAUUUAUUUGUUUCAGAGAAGAGAUAUUCAACACAUCACAAUGUGAAUGCCUUUGUAGAUGGUCUUUUUUAUUAUUAAAAUGCUAUUUUUAUUUUCCAGAAAUGAAGUGCAAUUUUGUUUUUCUCUGUACAUGAUCUGAUUAAGUGUUUUGAAUUGCAAUAUAAAAUAAAAGUCAAAUACAGUGAGUAGUCAUUUUACAUCGAUGAUGACUUUUAUUAUUUUAAAGACUCCUAUUUUAUGCAUGCUUUAUUAGCAUUGAUUUCUGCAUGGCUUAUUUUUUGAAAGCUUUUAUCUUUUAUCACCCCAGGUUAAAGGAAUCCUGGUGGGAUACCAGUGCCAGCAUGAAAAAUUGAUUGAUUGUUGCUAAAUUACAUCUUCAUCAAAACUAUCAUUUGCAAAUUGUAGCUUGCAUAUGAGCAACACAUUUGAGCUUAUUCUUUAACUUUAGGAUGUUUUUUCAGAAGCAAUAUGUGUAGGAUUUGGCUUACGGUUGUUCCACUCAGUUAAGUGCUGAUACUGUCUCUUUAACUUAUGGUUGUGUGUUAGAUCACUAUAUGGUGGGCGUAAAGGUUUUAAUAUUCCUACCUUUGAUGUUUGUGAUAACUAAAAGCAUCUCUCC